UACGGCCCAUGGCAACUAGCUCACAGGAGUUUUGUUUAGUCGCGUGGGGUGCGAACAGUUACGGGCAACUUGGUCAGGGACAUGAAGAGGACCAGGCAGUGCCGCAACUCUGUAACAAAGCUGCCCUCCGUAGAAAGACUGUCCGGGUUCUUUGCGGUGGCGGGGGACACACGGUGGUUGUCACCGAUGAUGGAGAGGCGUUCGCGUGUGGGCACAAUAACAGAGGCCAGCUUGGACUCGGCCACACUGCCAACUGCUCAACACUUCAGCACUUCUCAGGCCUGAAUCAGAGGGUCACGAAUGUCGCCUGUGGCUGGGAUUUUACUCUUCUCCUUACUGACUGUGGUAACCUAUUAGCGUGUGGCUCCAAUGUGUUUGGACAACUUGGUAUUGGUCAUGACACUUCACACUCUGCAAAGCUGGUGCUCAUAGAGGAUCUGAAGGAGCGUGUGAUGAAUGUAGCAGCGGGCCUCCGACACGCUCUAGCAAUCACAGAGUCAGGAUGUGUCUACCAGUGGGGCACAGGUCUCCAUAGCCAAGCUAAAAGAGCACUUAGUCCAAACCCUGUUCCAGCACACCUUAACUCCAAAGUUCCUUCUCUGGUGCCAGGUUUUACUCAAAGGAUACCUUACAUUGUUGCUGCUGGCUCAACGCAUUGUGUUUGCCUAGCAGGAGAUGGUGAUGUGUUUCUGUGGGGAAGCAACAAGCACAACCAGCUUCUAGCCACUGAGCCCUUCAGGGCCACUCCAGCUCCACUUGAGCGCUCGCUACUAUGUGGAGAGAAAGUUGUAAAUGUGUGGAGCGGUUGGACCCACGUUAUAGCCCAAACAGAAAGAGGGAGAGUGUUCACAUGGGGUAGAGGAAAUUACGGACAACUGGGCCGACUUUUGGCAGAUGGCCCAAAUUCUGAGCACCAGUCAGCAGACAAUGGGAGCAAGACUUUUCUCCCUGGCGAGGUGAAUGGCCUCUUUGGAGUAACACAGACCUCACCCCGUGGCGUCAAAAUGAUAACAAGAAGGAUGAGCAAAAAUCCCAGAACCACACAGGGGGAACCUAGGGAAUGACCUACAAAGAGCUGGGACCACAGUAACAAAGGCUACUAUCAGUAACAAAAUGCGCCGCUAGUGACUCCUGCACUGCCAGUACACGUCCAGGCCCGUCUGUGGUUCGCUAGAGAGCAUUUGGAUGAUCCAGAAGAGGACUGGGAGAAUGUGUUAUGGUCAGAUGAAACCAAAAUAGAACUUUUUGGUAGAAACACAGGUUCUUGUGUUUGGAGGAGAAAGAAUACUGAAUUGCAUCCGAAGAACACCAUACCCACUGUGAAGCAUUGGGGUGGAAACAUCAUGCUUUGGGGCUGUUUUUCUGCAAAGGGACCAGGACGACUGAUCUGUGUAAAGGAAAGGAGGAAGUUGAAAGUCCGUGUUGCCCAACGACAGCCCCAAAACAUCACUGCUCUAGAGGAGAUCUGCAUGAAGGAAUGGGCCAAAAUACCAGCAACAAUGUGUGAAAAGUUUGUGAAGAGUUACAGAAAACGUUUGACCUCUGUUAUUGCCAACAAAGGGUACAUAGCAAAGUAUUGAGUUGAACGUUUGGUAUUGACCAAAUACUGAUUUUCCACAAUGAUUUGCAAAUAAAUUCUUUAAAAAUCAAACAAUGGGAUUUUCAGUUUUUUUUCCACAUUCCGUCUCUCAUGGUAAAUAAUAGCCUAAACCAUCCGGCGGCCUCCAGCAAACUGGAGGUGAUCCGUAGUCAAUCCGGAGCACUGACGCGGUCGGUAUACGUUGAACAAUAGGAUAUAAUGGGAACAAAUUGGCUCCGGCGCUACUUUUUGCCGGACACAGAACGAAAAUGUAUUUUGCGUAGUUGUUAACAAGGAAGCCGAACUUUUAACAGCAUGUUAGCCGCACGCGCACACGCAGGUGCGCGCGAAGCGAUAAAUCGCAGCGGAAAAAUCAUCACCUUCAUUUUUAUUUACCGGUACGUGCAAUAAAUGGAAUUAUUGCAUAUUGCGACAGGCUUAAUGUGAUUGCAGAGUUUGACAUUUUGACAACAUUGUAAACCAGUUCUAAUUUAAUGGUGGCAUUCUACUUUUUUCCUGUUAGUGUUCCUUAUCUAUUAAAAUUCAAAAACACUUAAAUCUCAUUCAAAAAACCUUAAUAAUUUUUAAUUAAAAUCCCAUUUAAAUAUGUGACAACCAGCCCCUUAGUGGGGAUUGUUGUCACAAAGUGUUAGGAGGUCUUUGGUUGAUAAUAAAUAAGUAUUAGGGGGAAAAAAUGGAAAAAGAAAAGGAUGUCAAAUCCAAACCAAGAUAUGAAGCUUUCAUGUAAAAAACAAACAAACAAAAAAAAAACCUGACUCUUGUAAGAUGUGUGAAUGGGAAAAUAUUCAUGAGAGAGUCAAAAUGGUGCCAACCAUCCUUGUUCUCCCCUAAUAUGCAACCCUGCAGUAAAUGAUCACUGCCAGCUUGUCCCAGUCAAUGGAAAAGGAUUUAUAUCACUCUUAAUGGAAUAUGAUUGGAUGUUUGUGGUUCCGCAAAUCGAGACUAAAUGCGAGUUGGAGGCGGGUAUCAUGUCAUGCUUACAAAGUCCAGCAGGAGGCAGCCAACACCCAUAAAUGGAAAGACAAGGAAGCUGAAAGAUGUUUAGUAUGGGAUCCAUCAGAGUUCACCAAGAGAAAGUGAGACACCUUGAUGAAAUUCAUCAUUACACGUGCAAUAAAAAGCAUGCACACGUUUCUAUUAUGGUCCUCCAGGGAGAAAAUCAUUAAUAUCUUGCUCAGUCAGAGGUUUUUCUUCUCCCAUUGGGGCCAUUGUAUGGUUGGAGCAGUUAACCUGUAGUCAAAAUGGUUGCUGUAUGACAGGAGAGAGGUGCUAUUAUUAAAAAUACAGAUGUCAAGGUCGGUCGUGGGUGAAAUGCGGAUCAUUCUUGUCCAACGUGCGGGCAUCACCGUUGCAGCAGCAACAGCGACGUAUGUCAUUGCGGCAUCACCUUAUGUGCGUAAAGCUAAAGGUGAAGAUGGAUUUGCUGAGUGGACAGUGAAUCGCUUAACCCACUGGGGCAGGGUAUGACGUGCGUACACACCCACACAGUCAAUGUUUAGUUAGCUGUCACAUUUUAUGAGGCAUAUGAGCAUAACAAAUAAAGCCUGUCGUUAGCUUUACCUGCCACUCUUUUAUGCUGAAGCUGAAACGAACAAUAAGCAGCCAAAGCCAAGUUGUUAGUAAAUGUAGUGAUUAUAACAGGAGAACGCCAUGGUAAAGGCACCACUUAAACAGCUCUGUGCUUCCUCCGAAAUUGAGAUUCAUAUACAGUAUUUGAUGGUGGGAGUCCGCUUUCAUUUACAAAGUUUGCCAGAAAAGAAAUCUUUAUUAUAUGAAAGAAAAAAAAAGAUGCAAAGUCAGUAUGCACUUGUCCUUAGCAUUAGCUGAGUGUGGAAAUAUUUUGUAAAGCAAGGCACCUUCUAAGGCAGGGUUCGGGAACCUUUUUGGCUGAGAGAGCCAUGAACACCACAUAUUUUUAAAUGUAAUUCUGUGAGAGCCAUACAAUAUGUUUAAAACUAAAAACAAGUAAUGUGUGCAUUUUAUGUAGUUUCCACACUAAGUACAGCAAGUCUCUGAAUUCUUUAUAAUAAUUUAUAUAAGUAAUAUUUAAAUUAAAUAAUAAAUAUUAAAUCAUAUUAAAAUAGUUAUUUUAAUGUUUUGUUGUGUCCACAGAUAGAUUCACCCUAUGUCAUAGGCAGAGUUUGACUUUUGGGGCGGGGGGCCCAACAUGUUGAUGAGCCCGGAACGCAGUGUCAGGAAUAAAAUUAACUAACAAGAUUAUUUAUAAUAAUAAGUUGACAAUGAGCAUUUUUUGUUCCCCAUUAUCCUUGAGGGGAAUUCUAAUUCAGGCUGCUUAGGCUAUACUUUUCACCAAGAUCGUCAACCUUUGAAUAUGGUAUGCCCGCCGGUGUCGUGCCAAUGUAGUUACCCCAGUCAAGAAUUGUAUCCCCUGGUCGGAGCCAUAUAGAGGUAGGUUUGUGUCUUUAUUAAUCCAAUCAAAAAAAAGUUGCUUCAAUAAAAAAAAGUUGCUUCAAUCAAAAUAUAUAUUUUCAGUAAAAUUGAAUUUGAAGCAACUUUUUUGAUUGAAGUAAUGUUUAUUUGUGUUUGGGCCACAUUUUAGCUAGGAUGUUUUUGUCUUUAUUAUUCAAUAAAAAUAUAUAUAUAUUUUCAAAAGGAAAAAUCACUUCAAACAAAAAAAAGACAAACUUCAAUCAUAGAAAACGUUUUUGAACACAAAAAAAAUACUUGAGAUUGAAAAAUUUGCAUUUGAACACUUAAUUUUUCAUUGAAAAAGUUUUAUUUGAUUGAAGCAAUCCUUUUUGUGUUUGGGCCAUAUUAUGGGUAGGACAUUUGUGUCUAAAUCAUUCAAUCCCAACUAAAAGUUGCUUCAAUCCAAAAAAAUAUUUUCAAUGAAAGAAAAAAAUCUUUUGAAAAAUAAAAUUGCCCCCCCCCCCACCUUUUUUUUUUUUUUUUUUUUUUGUGUGAAAAUUACAUGCAAAGCAAAUGACCGUCUAAGGUGCUAGUCACAUGAUCUGUUUGAAAAAUAAUUUUGACCCAUUUUGAAAAAUAUAUUUUUUUGUUCAUUUCAUUCAUUUUUGUUGCAGUUUUAUUGCUUUACAACUUUUAUAUAUAUAGGAAAGUCAAUUUCAUGCAAUGACACUUUUCGGCCACGUGGGGGGGGGCUGCCCGCCCCCCCCCCCCACCCCCCCUUAAAAUCCACUUAUGCCCUAUGUUUAAAAUGUUUCAUCUUAUUUCGUUUUUUGUGGAAAAUAUACACACAAGUUUCAGCCGGAAAACACUGUUGUACUUUCAGUUUUAAACCAGCAGGGGGCAGUGUUCACUUCUAAGCGUGCAUUGGCAAUAACUGUUUGCAUUUUAGAGCGAAUACGAAAUGACCAGUUUGUGCUGUAAUACGAGACGGACGUGGUUAAAAGUAUUUUUUUCUUGUUUCAGGUGAGGAAAAAAAGUAUAAUUUGACUGUGUGUAUUAGGGGAUUGCUUUAUUUUAGGAUGAUUGUGAUGUGUACUGUGUGUUAAUUUUGUUCAGAAAUAUGUUCAUCGUUAUGUAUGACUGCAGAUGUGUUCAUAAUGGCGAGCGGACGACGAGUGAAUGCUAGUAAUGUCUAAAAUGCAGAAGUUAAAUGUUUUGUCACAAACACUUGUAUUUAUUUAUUAUUAUAAUUGUAAAGAAUUCACAUUUUAGAGUGAAUAAGAAAUGAGCCGUCUGUGUGCAGCAAUGCGAGAAGGACGUUGUUAGUUUUUUCUUGUUUCAUCUGUACAAGAAAAAGAAAACAAAAUUAAAUGUAGCAACCGACUGAAGCAUUUAAUCUCCGUCUGCACCACGCUAAAGAUGCAUAGCUAUUAUUUCAACCGACUACCACAUGCAUCAUCAGACUUUUGCGUUCUCCACUGCUGCACCUGUCCUGAAAUUUGAAUGUCGCCUGAUCACUGGCUUGCCAAAGGAAAAAAUGUGAGCGCCCGUUUAGCUUCCCAUUACAUAACAAACUUUUUUUUUUUUUUUUUUUCUUU